CACAAAUUUAGUCACCACGCGAUUUGUGAAUUUGGUCAAUUUUCUUUUGUGGAAGUUCUCUUAGUUUGAUCUUGUGAUUUUAAUUUAAUUGUAUCAAAAUGUAUGGACAGCAACCGAUAAUAGUUUUGAGCCAAAACACAAAACGUGACUCCGGCCGGAAAGUUCAAUUGGAGAAUAUUAAUGCUGGAAAGACAAUAGCAGACGUUAUUCGAACAUGCCUCGGGCCGCAGGCGAUGUUGAAAAUGUUGAUGGAUCCGAUGGGUGGAAUUGUGAUGACAAAUGACGGCAAUGCCAUACUCAGAGAGAUUACUGUUCAGCAUCCUGCAGCUAAAACUAUGAUAGAAAUAGCAAGAACACAAGAUGAAGAGGUUGGAGAUGGCACAACAUCGGUAAUUGUAUUAGCAGGAGAGAUGUUGGUUGUUGCUGAACCCUUCCUUGCCCAAAACAUUCACCCAACAGUAAUCAUCAGAGAAUACAGACAGGCCUUAGAGGAUGCCGUUAAGUUGCUGGAAGAGAAAAUCUCUAUACCUAUUGAUCUUAAUGAUAGGGAUAAGCUGAAAGAAGUUAUUCGAUCCUGUGUAGGCACUAAAUACAUUGGUCGUUGGGCUGACUUGGCCGUAGAUAUUGCUCUUGAUGCAGUCAACACAGUCACUGUCAAUGAAAAUGGACGUGUUGAAGUUGAUAUUAAAAAUUAUGCUAAAGUUGAGAAGAUUCCCGGAGGUACAGUUGAAGAGUCAAAAGUGUUAAAUGGUGUGAUGGUCAACAAAGAUGUAACUCAUCCAAAAAUGCGUCGUUAUAUUGAGAAUCCACGUAUCAUUCUUUUGGAUUGUCCUCUUGAGUACAAGAAAGGAGAGAGCCAAACUAAUAUUGAGAUUGUUGGUGAUCAGGACUUUACCAAACUUUUACAAUUGGAAGAAGAGCAUGUCCAACGUCAGUGUGAAGACAUUAUUGCAUUGAAACCCGAUGUUGUGUUCACCGAGAAGGGAGUAUCUGAUUUAGCGCAGCAUUAUCUAGUCAAGGCUGGAAUUACAGCUAUUCGCAGAUUGCGUAAAACCGACAACAACCGUCUAGCGAGGGCUUGUGGCGGCACCAUCGUCAACCGCACGGAGGAGUUAAAGGAGAGCGACGUGGGCACGCAAGCCGGACGCUUCGAGGUCAAGAAGAUCGGCGACGAUUACUUCACAUUCGUCACCGAGUGCAAGAAUCCCAAGGCUUGCACAAUUCUUCUGCGCGGCGCUUCUAAGGACAUAUUGAAUGAGAUCGAGAGGAAUCUCCAAGACGCUCUACAUGUCGCUAAAAAUCUGGUGCUGAACCCCCGCCUGGUGGCCGGGGGCGGCGCGUGCGAGAUGGCCGUGUCCAGCGCGCUGUCGGCCCGCGCGCCGCACGCCACGCCCUACCGCGCCGUCGCCAGCGCGCUCGAAAUAAUCCCGCGCACGCUGGCACAAAACUGCGGCGCCAACACCAUCCGCACGCUGACCGCCCUGCGCGCCAAGCACGCCGCCGGCAGCGUCACCAGCGGCAUCGACGGCGACUCCGGAGACAUCGUCGACAUGGCCAUCAAGGGCAUCUGGGAGCCGCUCGCCGUCAAGCUGCAGGUAUACAAAACAGCAGUAGAGACCGCAAUCCUCUUGCUCAGAAUCGAUGACAUAGUAUCCGGCUCCAAGAAGAAGAACAGCAACGAGCCCACUGCCCCGGCUGAAGCAGCUGCUAUGCAAGAAUAAACUAUCAAUACUUAAUUAUGAAUAUAUUAAACAAUUAUUAUAAUAACCUGCACUGUGACUAAUGAUAUUUAUUAAUCUUACAUCAGCUAGAAUGUAUAGUUAGUUAAUUAUCAAAUUUCACAUAAUUCUCAAGAACAAUAAACUAAAUUUAUUUUUAAUUUAAUGAGUAAAGGUUAUGAGAUUAAUUGGAAUGAAAGUAUCUUAUACCUUUGUUGGAUUAAAUAGCGCAACCAUACUAUACUACUACAAAUAGUAAUUUCACAAGCAAAACUUACAUUUGUGCAUAGCGAACCCAUGCAUAACAUGUCGAUAGAAUGAGUUUGAAAACUUUAUGAAAUCUUCAAUCAUAAUUAAAUUUGAUUUCAAGAUUUCCCUAUUUUUACAUAUACGGUAUAUAUAUCGUAAGAGUUGGUUAUUAUAAUAAUUUGUCCUUAUUUUUAACACAUUAACAAGGGCCUUAAGUGCUGAUUGCGUUAGAUUGUACGCUAGGAAUGAACGAAUCCAUUAAACAUAUUUUUCAAUGCACAAGAAUGAACAUGUUUCCUUUUUUAUGUCAGAGG